ACCGAUGAACAAUAAUAUUAUUUACCGAAUACUAUAAGAUAGGUAAAAUCACAGUCUGAACUCAUAAAAUCCAAGGUAGUUUGUAUCGUUGAAUGGUUGUUCUUUCCUCUCGUGGCAGCUAAAACAGAGCAAGAAACGGAAAGAGUGUAUACCUCUACCGAGUACUCUAUCGACAUGUAAAAGCAAAACCACUCCAACCAGAUACUUUACCUUUUUAGAUUUCUUCAAUUUUCACCAUCUUUAUACCAUGCAUUCUUUCAAGGCGCAGCGAAUGUCUAGUUCUUUGAGCAUAUACAGGUCCAACUCUCGCUUAUAAUCUAACAUUCAUUAAUAUCUUACCUUUACUACGAAUAGAUCACUUACUUUCACAAUGGUCAAAAUACAAAUCGUAUCCGACCUUCACCUAGAAAUGGACUGGGGCUACGACACCUACAGCAUUCCCCCACAAGCACCAAUCCUCGCUCUCCUCGGCGACAUCGGCAGCCUAAUCCCUCCUCACAGGCAGAAAUACAUCAACUUCAUCGAGCGCCACCUCGCAAAAUUCCAAAUCGCCGACGUCCGAACCUGUCUAUGCCAAUACGAGUACCAAACACUCAUGCGAGCCAAAGAACGAGACUCAACUCUCGGGCGCUUCAUGCUUCUCGACAGCGACCGACUCGACAUCCCCGGUGAAAACGUGACACUCCUAGGUACUACGCUCUUCACCACCGCGCCUCCGGACCAUCGAUUUGAUAUUUUCGACUACUACUACGACACCAUCGUCGACAUCGAGAAUUGGGACGGACACCAGCACAUCGCAGCCCACCACGACGCGGUAAAAUGGCUCUCGGACACCGUCGCAGAGAUCCGAGUCGAGGACCCGGAGCGCGUGGUUGCGAUUCUAACGCACCAUUCCCCCUCGCAGCGAUUUCGUGCUUUGGGGUACCUCGCAGGCGAGGAUCAGGAUGGGAUUACGCUACGGUGGAGCAGCGAUAUGUCGGUACAUCCCGUGUGGUAUAUGGACAAUAUCAAGCUCUGGGCUUUCGGGUGCACGGGGUAUAAUUGUGAUUACGUAGAUGAAGCGACGAAGACGCGUAUAUAUUCCAACCAGCGGGGACGCUUCCGCGAAUGUAGCGAUUUUGGGUUGUGGAAGGUUGUUGAUGUUGCUCCGAUGAAUCCUAGGCCCCCACUCGAGGAGUUGAAAAGGACGAUUGAGAGGGAUAGGGCUGAGGAUGGAGAUGAUGAGGAUUCGUCUGAUAUUGAUGAUUUGCUGGACCCUAUGGAAGAGGAUACACCGGAAGAAGAUGCGGAAGAGGAAGAGGAAGAAGAAAGAGGACGCAGCAGAACAAGACGAGGAUGGAGGUGA